AUGGCACCCAGGCAGCUCAAUUUCAUCACCGGCAACAAGAACAAGUUGGCCGAAGUUCAAGCAAUCCUCGCCCCAACUGGAGUGGACCUCUCCAACCAAUCUGUGGACUUGCUUGAGAUCCAGGGCACCAUCGAGGAGAUUUCGAAGGACAAAUGUCGUAGAGCAGCAGACACAGUUGGUGGCCCGGUGCUUGUAGAAGACACAUGCUUGUGCUUCGACGCCUGGGACGAACUCCCAGGCCCAUAUGUCAAAUGGUUCAUGCAGUCGCUCGGCGUCAAGCAGUUCCACAAGCUUCUUGCUGGGUUUGAAGACAAGGGCGCCCAGGCCGUAUGCACAUUUGCAUACUCUGAAGGCCCUGGCCACGAACCCAUCAUCUUCCAAGGAAGAACCAAGGGCAAGAUUGUUGAGGCUCGUGGCCCCACCGACUUUGGAUGGGAUGCCUGCUUCGAGUAUGAAGGCCAGACAUAUGCCGAGAUGCCAAAGGUCGAGAAAAACAAGAUCUCGCACCGCGGCAAGGCGUUGGCCAAGUUGACUGAAUGGCUUGACGCCCACACUGAGUAG